GAAGAACAAGUAGACUCUCUCACUUUUUUAGUGAAGCCAAAUUCGGUACUCCAUCAGUUCUGCUAUCUCGUAAGUGUGUACUUGACUGCGGUCGUGCUCAAUUUUUUGCAAUUGCACCUAGCCUAGAAAAAUUUUUAUUUUACACGUUUAUAAAUUUGGAUUUCGGUUUCAUACAACUACAUUUUGCCAUCCAAGAUGAUGUUCCACUCGCGAAAAUCCCCAAAAUGCCCGCGGCACCCCACAUUGGCGGCAGCAUCAAAGCGGUCCUCCUCCCAACACCGCAUGUUGACGUUUCGACCGGUGCAGCUUCGGCUCCUAUCGUCGACGGCGCUCCUCUACAGCUUCUUCGCAACUUCUCCCGUCGUGCAGGCUAUCGCGUCGACAAACACAGACUAUCAGCUGCGUAACAAUUUCCAGACGAGUGAGGCGAGUUUCUUGCGGAACAGCACGCUCGCAAAUUUUGACGGCAAGAACCUACUGAAUUCGGCAUCACCUUCGAGCUACCAAAAAAUUCGAGUAGGACCUCAGCAGGUCGUCCAAGAACCAGCCCAAACUUCUUUUCUCGGCCUUCCGAAGCGGCCCGAUCAUCUCAUCCCUAGUUCUCUCAAAUACCCCAUCAUCACCGGGUUCGCCGCGUCUAUCUAUGGCUUGGUGAACGCCCGCCGGGAGCAGAUGCGCCGGCGGGAAAACCGGCUGAAAAGGCGGGAGCAAACACGACGGAACAGAUACAAUUUCCUGACAGGAGCAGCUGGAGCCCCUACAGCCCCCGCGCCGCCGGGCGCCGGUGACCUUACUGGCAUGGUUUUCUAUCCUCGCGGCGCGCGGGGCGCACUGUGGAACCCGUUUUUUCACGAAAAUUAUAACAACCUCCUCGCGCGCGGUAGUGGACAUACACAUAACGCAGUACACGGAGUCGCAGAGCCCCGAAGGAUCAACAUGCGGGAUUUUCUGACCGCUUCCAACGCAUCCUCCACCACCUCGGCGUCUGCCUCAAACUUGGUUUUAUCCAGCUCUUCACCGCCAUCCCGGUCUCGAACCAUCUCGGGGUCCUCGGCCGGGUCGGCUUAUUCCGAGGACGUCGGAGGUUUGUUCAGUGGUGGUGGUGGUGCGGCUGCUGGGAGUAGUACUAGCCCUGCUGGAGCUUUUGACAAUACUUCUCUGCGUCUACUUCUGCCUGGAGCAGUUGGUAGUUCUGUAAGCAGUAAGACACAAAAAUCUGCAGUCCAACCGUUUGAAAGGAACUAUCACACCGCGGCAGGAACAGCAAGCUCCCUUGAGCAGCAGCAGCAGCAACAUCCGACGUACUACAACGUCCACCACCACCCGGGGCCGACUACUUUUCCCGGUGUGGAACAACAUCAGAAGAAGCACGGUUGCGACUUUGCAGCUCAUCGUAGUACUACAACUGGAGGACAGCAAGACGGAAUCCUCGAUAGUAGAAACGACAGCAGCGGGGCCCAUAGCCGAAGCAAUUCCAUGGAAGUAGAUGUCAACACGACGAUGCUGCACCCUCCUCCCUCCUCUUCCGCUGGAGCCUCCCGCAGCUCGUGCACAUUCGUGUCUGCGGACGGAGGGGGCUCUAGUGCGGCAACACUGCCAGAACAGCAAAUGAAUUUUCGUGCCGCAGCCGGAGCCGCGACUUCUUUCGCGACGGCGCAGAAUGAGGAAGAUGACGGGAGGACCUUGCAAGUAGAAGCCAGAACGCCUGCGACCAACAGCUUUCAUUCCGUGCAAGAAGGAGGAGGUGGCACUCCUGUAGUACAACAAGCAGGAGGUGCUUAUGCGCACGCAGGAAGGAGCUCUUUCGAAGAUUUUUCCGAGUCGUUAGCCAUAGCGGGGCUCGAUGUGGUUGUUGCUCCACCUCCGCUGCCAGUCUUGCAAGAUGUUUUCGCAGGAGAUGUUCCAGGUGGUGGCUUCUACUCCGAGCGGGUCGACGACGACGACGACGACGACGACGACGAGGGGUCUCACGCAGAUUUCAUGGACGAUGAGGACCACAUCGAACACAGCAGGGGUAUCAACAGGAACCGUGAAAUGUUUUACGGCGAGGACAGUGUGCCGUGGUUUCACCAUCUGCUGCGAAUCAACGACAUCUCAGUGCCAACUACGGGAAGUAGAACGACAUCAGCAGGUGCAAGUAGAGGACCAACAACUACUGCAGGGUCAUCAACUACUGGAACUGCUGCUGCUGCUGCUGCUGCCACUCCCGAAACCUCGGCCGCGGCGACCAUGCGGAGUUUCACCAAUGCAGCGAGCUAUUCGUACAGCUGUUUACCCCCCUGUUGAUGUGGACUUAGGUGGAUAAUCAGGGAUGGAAUGCAACUACUAGAGGAGAAAAUGCAGUGUAUGUUCAAGGUCUUCAUGUUGAGGUAGAAGUACUAGUAGAACUAGAACGUCGGGGCUUUCGUGCUAUAGGUUUCUUCACGAGAAGAUGAGAAUGACGAGGGAUGGUGCAGCAGCACCCCUCGAAAUGCAAAUGCACACAGGAAAUCAUGCUUCUAAGGAGAAGUUUUUGAUGUCGAUAUAGAUGUGAAUGCAUUCAGAUUGAAUCUCUUCAAUGAAAGACGAAGAAUAUUAGUACGUCGAAAAUGUUUGUUUCUACUCCGCAGC